GGACCAUACACACAUACAAUGUUGAUAAAAUUGGAUAAGAACCGUCUAUAAUUCCAUUAUAUUGCAUGUGAGCGAAGCCAGCGUAUUCCCUUCGCGCCAACAGCUCAUUGUUUUUUUUUUAAAAAAGAACGUUCGUUUUUGGUAUGCAGUGAUUUUUAAAUCUCGAUUAAAAAUUGUGACGUUCAAAAAGUGAAUUGCGUGAUGUAGUGUCAUCUCUUUCUGUUAACGUAGUGAAGUGUUCGCCGUCUCGUUCCGAAGCGAUUGCUAGUGAAUCUGUGGUCGUGAUAAUCGAGAGAUUGCGAAUUGCGCGUCCCCCCCAUGGGCUACAAGUGGCUGGUGCUGUGGUCUCUGUGGGCGGCGCGGCUGGUGCGGCAGCCGACGACGCCGGUGCUCGUCAGCUCCGGCUGGCUGCGCGGCUCGGUAGCUAACGAUGGCUCCCAUGAAGUCUAUCUCAGUAUACCGUACGGAACUGUUAGAGAAAGGUUUCAGGCUCCUGGACCUGAACCAAUAUUUGACGAUGUGUUUGAAGCUGUGAACGAACACAGAAUGUGCCGACAAGGUUUCUACGGGUCAGCAAUAGGAAACGACAACUGCCUCAUUCUCAAUGUUUACAGACCACUUAAUAAUGAGGACAAUUCAACACCUUUACCAGUCAUGGUGUUCAUACACGGAGGAGGUUUCUUUCAAGGGACACCAUCUCCAAUCAUAUACGGACCGAAUUACCUAUUGAAGAAAGGAGUCAUUUUAGUAUCAAUCAGUUACAGACUUAACAUUCAAGGAUUCCUAUGUUUGAGAAUAAAAGAAGCUCCAGGAAAUGCUGGAAUGAAAGACCAAGUAGCAGCUCUUCGGUGGGUCCAACGCAAUAUCAAAGCGUUUGGUGGAGAUCCAGAUAAUGUUACAAUAUUUGGCGAAAGUGCUGGCGCAGCGUCCGUAUCUUUCCUUGUCCUUUCACCCAUGGCAAAGGGAUUGUUCCACAAAGCUAUUCAGCAAAGCGGGUCAGCUCUUUCAGCCUGGGCGUACCAGUUUAAACCGGUUUAUAUGGCUAGUCUACUCGCCAAAACUAUGGGCUACCACACCCAGGAUCCUCAUAAAUUAUACGAGUUCUUCAUGGAGAAAUCUAACUCAGAACUUAUAAUAACCAGAGUGCCAAGAAAAAAAGGAAAUUUAAUUAUAUCAGAGAUAUUAUACACGCCUUGUGUUGAAGACGCGAUAGAGGGUGAGGAACCAUUUUUGACAGAAAUUCCAUACGAUGUACUAUCUCAAGGUAAAUUUAACAAAGUGCCAAUGAUGAUAGGCAUUAAUAGCGCUGAAGGUAUAAUGUUUGCUGAUAUGGAAAACGAUACAACGAUACCGAAUAUAGAUUUAAGUCAAUCAUUUCCAAAAGAUGUAUUAUUUCCUACAGAAGAUGAUCGGCAAAAGACUGGGGAAGCAGCAAAGAGAAUGUAUGUAGAAAAUGGUGAUACAACAGAAGAAAUACUUACAGGAGUGAUUAAAUUUUCUGGUGACGCAUACUUCAAACGUCCAGUUUUAGAAGAGAUAGAUCUUAAAGCGAAGGCUAGUGAUGAACCUAUAUACAGUUACGUGUUUGCUUAUGACGGUUGGAGGAAUUUGCCCAAAAUCUUAAGCAAGAAAUUUCCCGGAGUGCAAGGAGCUUGUCAUGCAGAUGAAUUAUUUUAUUUGUUCUCCACACAUUGGAUAGGAUCGCUGAAGGAGAAUAAAAUGAUUGAUACAAUGACUACAUUGUGGACUAACUUUGCUAAGUUUGGGAACCCAACUCCACCCCAGACAGAGAUCCCGGUGCGAUGGCCGCGCGUGGACCCGAAGGAUCCACAGUCGCUGGUCAUCAACUCCUCACUAUCCCUCACUCCUAUGUGGACUGGAGAAACCAUACAGUUUUGGAGGGACCUGUAUUCAAAAUACAGAAGAAAAGAAAGAUGAUUAGAGAGAUUAUUAGUGGAAUUUUUGUUUUAGUUAAUUUAUUAUAUUUUUUUUUUAAUUUU